GCUUCUAGGUCUGCUCCCAUUUUACAUCGCAUUUCCUCACUAGAUGGUGUGCAAGCCACUGGAGAGUACACUUCCCCGCACAGUGGGCUCUACAUCCAGCUAAACAAACCUGGGAAACUAUACGGAGGACCAUUUCUUCACGGGGCUCCGAGGAGGGAAAGUGUGGAAAUAAAAACGUCCAAGUUUCUUUUUAUUUUUAAGCGAACAUUACGCUGUUUUUUGAAGACUUGGGGAAAAAAAGCGGCAACAAAACCCAGCUGUGAUGGACAUAAUGAUUGCGGUGCAGGAUGCUUGUGUCUCUGGUCAGUGGCUUACUGCGAUAAUUCUCAGCCUGUGCUGCUUUCUGCCGUCCUGUUUGCCCGCUGGACAAACUGUGGACUAUUCCUCGGUUGAAAAUGUGGUGAGCAGACAAGGCGACACGGCUCUACUGAGGUGCUAUCUAUUGGAUGGGAUCUCUAAAGGAGCCUGGCUGAACCGCUCAAGCAUCAUAUUCGCAGGGAAUGACAAGUGGUCUGUGGACCCACGUGUGUCCAUUGUGUCCAGCGUUGGGGACAAACAUGAGUACAGCCUUCAGAUACAGAAAGUGGAUGUAACCGACGACGGACUGUACACGUGUUCGAUCCAGAGUGAGCGCAAUCCACGGCCAAAGCUCCUCAACCUCGUUGUAAAAGUUCCUCCCAAGAUAUAUGACAUAUCCUCUGACAUCACGGUAAACGAGGGCAGCAACGUGUCGCUCAUCUGCACAGCCAGCGGGAAACCUGAGCCAACCAUUUCCUGGAGACAUAUAACCCCAUUAGCCAGGAAGUAUGACAACGGCGAAUAUCUUAACAUCACCGGCAUCACGAGGGACCAGGCUGGAGACUACGAAUGCAGCGCUUUAAAUGACAUCGCCUCUCCUGACACCAAAACAGUAAAAGUUACAGUCAACUUUGCUCCAUCUAUCCAUGAGAUGAAAAGCCAUGGAGUUGGUCUGGGACGCACAGCUCUGUUAAGGUGCGAAGCAGCAGCUGUGCCUUCUCCUACAUUCGAGUGGUACAAAGGCGAGAAAAGGAUUAUCAAGGGUCAAGGCAUCGACAUCAAGAGUCUCAGCUCCAGAUCAGUCCUCACAGUGACCAACAUGACAGAGGAUCGUUAUGGGAACUACACAUGCGUCGCCUCCAACAAGCUAGGGACGGCUAAUGCCAGCGUGCCUCUCAUUCCAAUUAUUGAACCCACCACCACUAGUGCUGUCUCAAGCCCAGCGCCCAACACUGCACCCUAUGGGAGCACAGGAAGUGCGUAUGUCCCGGUGGCCUGCCGGUACCUGGUCCUGGCCCUCUCCUCCUUCAUCAGCGUGUACUAGCGGAGGCCUGAGCAGACACAAUGACUGUCGAGAGCAUUUAUGAGUCCUUUUUGACACUGCUGAUGGCUGGAAUCACAUCUGGUACAGUUUGUUGAGAAGCCGUGAGGGGAACAUAAUCAGCGUUUCUUUGUGUGGGGAAGUUUAUUUUUUCUUUGCUUUUUCGGUGAAUAUUCUGUCAUGUAAAUACUAUGAUGUUUUUUAUUAUUAUUAUUGUUAUUAUUAUUAUUAUUUUCUCUCUUCUUUUCUGAUUGAUUUACCACCUUGUGAAUCAGUGCUAACCCCUGGCCCCCUCCCCACCUCUAAUCACAACAAAGGUCCCCAAAAUGAGUAACUAUCAUGCCUCUUUCUCUCUGAGACGAUGGCGCAAAAUUGACAUUUCAUCCGUUUUUGUACAUGGCUUAAAAAAGAAGAGAUUGUGCCAAGUCUCAGUACACAGAAUUACCAUACCAAUGUUGUAUUGAAUGUAUUAUGGGUUGUUGAACAAAAGGAAAGACAUUUAGAUUCCUAACAAUACAAAUUCUGAUAAUGGAGUGUGAUUAAAAAAUAGAGAAAAAAAUAGAAAAAAAAUCUAAAGAAGAACAAAGACGGGGCUUUUUUCUGGCCUUGUGUCGUCAUGAUUACUUAAUAGAUGGAUGAACAUUGUUGAAGGUGUGCUUUGUUGUAUUCUGAAAUGGGUCCCUCAGUUACUAUGCCUGCCCAACACAUUUGAUCAGGCAGCCGUCAAAGUAGCAAAGUAUACUGUAUUGUAUCUUUAUAUUUUAAUAUAGUGUAGGCGUUUGUUUUGAAGUGGGACCAGCUUUUUCUCAUUGACCAACCAUUAACCUGACUCAUGACUCUGUACAGUAUGAAGGGAGGAACAUCGCUGUCCUAUGUUUACAUUUUCUGAAGAAUAUACAGUAUAUAUCCGUACUUUCCACAUCCAUGAAUGUUGCAACAAAUUGUUGCAGUUUGCAGGAGAACAAACUAUUUUACUCUUAAAGAUGCAGUCCUUUGAAAUGUGCCACUUGAAGUGAACAUCAAAGCAACGAGUCUAGUCUUUUGCUGUAUCAUCCUCUGAUAACCCACAGCUGCACACUGUGUACAACUUCAAGGUUCUGGCUUCAGCCUCUGCCAUGAUUCUUAUUAGAUGAAGGAUUUUUGGGAAUUAGCAUUUUGCAGCACAACAUUUCUUUAUUUAAAAUCUUUCUUUUUUACAGUAAACAUCUACUGUACCUGUCAACAGAUGAAUGAAUUUCAGCGAGCCAAAAGCCAUGUCAUUCAAAAUUUCUAUUAUCAUAUCUAAUUCAGCCCUAAAAGUUACAGUUAUCCUGCUUUGACUCAUAUUUGAGUCUUUCUUGUGCUAAUUAUGAGCCACAGAACACAAUUGUAAUCCUAUGAGCUUGUUCAUCAUUACAUGCAUGGCCUGAGGUGCUAACUUUUAAAAGCUGAUCAGUGUCCACAGGGCCUGUUAACAUCAAGCUGAGAGGCGAAUAAAUUAAACCAUGAGGUUUUUUAACAGAGUAUAUGUGGCUUUUUAUUUGCUAAAAAUUUUAAUUCUCUUUCUGACAAGACAUUCACGGCUUAUUCAUCCUUAAUUGUCUUCAGUCCAUGGUGUAAACAGAAAUACUGUACUGUAAUGCCUUAAUAGAACCAUAACAUUAAACGCCACUCAUUUAAAAGGACACUACUACUAAGUAAGCUAUCGCUCAAUGCAGCUCAUUUGUUCACAUAUUUCUGAAUACUGAAUGUCCUUAUACUAGUAGUUGACUUAUCAUAUGAAUUAUAAUCAGUAUAAGAACAGAAUUUUUCUCAAUUAACAGCUCCCGCAGGUAUUUUAAAAAGCCAGUGUCAUCAGAUAAAAAUGCAGUAUUGUCAUUCAGGUUAACAUGUUUGCAGGUCUUGUUUGAAUUAGGAUUGUGUUACCCCCCCCCAAAGUUUAAGGGACUAACAGUACCCAAGUUCACACAGUAUUUUCACCUUAACUUGUAACUGCAAACCUGUAGAGAAAUAGCCAUCGCAGUUAAAAGACUUAAAGCACAAACACUGUUAAAGUUUUUACGUUUUGUGAUGGUUUGUUUUAAGGUCUGCUGAACAUUUUCUGUUCUUUUAUUGUUUGUACUGAACUGUUCUCAGCUUGUUUUACAAAUUAUGAAAAUACUGCACCAUAUGAUCUUGUUUAAAUGUUAAGGUAUUCUGAAAAUGGGUCAAAGUAUAUUUAUUCUCUUCCUUUAUGAAACAAUGUAUAAAAAAUAGAUUUGAAACAUGUAAAACUGGAUAUGUGACAUUUAUUUGAAUGGGACACAGUAUGGCAUAGUUUAUAAUGUUGUUGGCUUCAUUUAGAUGCCAUAACUGUUGUUAAUUUUUUGUCAGACAAGUACAUUAAAAAGAACAAUGUUUGCAAUCAAAUUACCUACUUUUUGAAGAAGAGAGGGUGUGAACCAAUAUAACAGUAUUAUAGAUCAGAAUCAAUGUGUGUAUAUUUGGAGAAAAUAGGAUACCUUUUGAUCUUUAGAGCCAGUGUGUAGUCCUAGUUUUCACACACUUGCGUGUUUGACGAUGUGCAGAGAGUAUGGUUGUGCUGCAUGUCAAAGUUAACCUGUGUUUUUUGAGGUGGCCAUUUUACAAAUAUUCAUACUUUUUAUGAAUGGAGCCAAACCUUUGGUUCUUAAAGCUGAUCUAAAAAUACAUACCUCCUACAGACCACCAGGCUACGUUUGUGAUUUCUUUCAAUCAACUUUGCUGAUGAAUUAAAAAAAAAUCUGCUGAGUCAUGAUGAGUAUUAUUGUGGCACUUUGGUGACAGUCUGGACUUCUGUUGGUAGCUUGUCUGAGCAGUUAAGACCAUGCUAGUGUUCAUAUGAAAUGUACUGGAUGUUGAUUAUUAUUUUCAAUAAUGGUAUGAACAAAUCCCUUUUAUCGGAUCACUAUUAUUUGCAAUAAAAGUCUUCGUGUUCCAAUAUAAACCCUCAUCUGAGUUAAUGAGCACUCAAAGAGGUUCUUGUUAUCACUGAGACAGCGUUUAAGAUGGUAUGACAAGGUCCACCUUAAAAUAUAACACAUCUUUUACUUCAGGCUUCUUCUUUAUUUGGUUUUAUAGGCUGCAGUCUUUAUUUAUUUUGUAAUUUACAGUACCACAAUAACAAAAUGAAUUGUCUCAUUACAUUCUCAUUUAAAAAAAGUGGAUAUAGCAUGUUGAUGUCUGAAACAGCAACACGGGUGCCCAUUUGGCUCAUUUGCUACAGUUCUUGGCACACUGGUUGCAUGUUUGAAUCCUGAUGCUGUUUAGUGCCUGCCUUUCCCUAAUCUCUCCCCAUAUCUCCUGUUCUUCUUUGGCUGUCCUAUCAAAUAAAGGCAUAAUGCUUGUCAAAUGCUCUUUAAAUAAAAUGGUAAGCUUAUGCCAAACUGAGCCCUAGUCCACACAUAGGCAGGUAUUUUUUUUUAAACCAGAGAUUUGUCCACAUCCGUCUUCAGUAAGUAUACCGUCCUCACAUGCAGUUUUUUAAAAACACUUUUGUCCACAUGAAGACACAUAAAACGCACUGCUGUAUAGACCACCAUGUGAACAGCAGUCUGUCCUUUUACUGAGUCCAGUUAGCAUAAGUUUGGAUACAUAUGCUGUUGCAAUGGAAAUUAAAAUGAUUACACCGCAAAUCAGUGAUUUCAAACAGAGGAGAAACUGGUGCACAGUGUGACGUAAUGUUUCUCUGUUUACACGUUAAGCAGAGUUUCUAAACAUCUUCCCACUGGAAGGUGUUUUCAGUGACCUAAAAUGCUGUUUGAAUGUGUAUAGAAGGCCAAAAUGCACAGAAAACCUUGGUUUUCUAAAAUACCUGUCUUGUGUGGACAAGGCAGCUCAUUAACCAAGUAGCAACCCCCGUAAGACUAUACGCUUUCAUUUAUUGAGGUUAUGAAUUAAUAAAUCACUGUGGUCAUUUUCUUAUACUGCUCUGUGCAUGCACACUACUUUCUGCAUAGUGGAGACUCCCUCUACUGGCCAUAGAAAAAGUAACUAAACCUCAGAGUUUUAGCUAAGGUGCAUCCUCCCUGACACUAAAUAGAAAUGUAUUUAGAAUGUCUGAGAGGAAAGGGGAUGGUCAAAACACCGUGAAUAAUUAUGGCGGUAGUGGAAGUGAAAAAAACACAGAGGUAGGGGCAGACAUGGUAGAAGCCGUGGGAGAAAACGCACAGCCAA